AUGUAAACUAAAUAAAAAAUAAGAGUGGCAGUUCGAAUUAGACCUUUGCUUGAUCACGAAAAAAGAUAAGGUCAUUUAAAUUCUAGAAUAGAUUGCAGUGGAUAGGAAGUAACAAUAAGAGAGGAGAGAAAUAAAAAAAGUUAUAAGUAAAAAAUAAAUCAAGUAGAUUCGAUCAUGUAUUACCUGAAUCAGCUUCAUAAGAUUAAGUAUUUAAGAGUUGUGAAAUUGAUUAAAUGGUAUAAUCUGUUAUAGAGGGGUAUCAUGUGACAGUAUUUGCAUAUGGUUAAACAGGUUCUGGUAAAACAUAUACAAUGGAGGGUUAACGUGAUGAUGAAGGAAUAGCAAUUAAGCAUGAAGGCAUAAUCCCUAAAACAAUCAAUAGUCUAUUUAAUAAGAUAAAAUAAAAUGGGCUUUAAAAAGACUUUUCAGUGUAUUGUUCUUAUUUACAAAUUUAUAAUGAAAAAAUAUAUGAUCUCUUAGGGGAAACAACAAAAAUUAAUUAGAAUACCUAGAUAAACGGUUUAAAAAUGAGAUGGAAUGUUCGAUAAUAAUUUGUUGUUGAAAAUUUAUUUGUUUAUUAAUGUAAAUCAGCAGAAGAAGUUAUCUAAUUAUUUAAAUUGGGAAGCAGAAAUAGAAUAACAGCAAGUCAUAAAUUAAAUUUUUAAUCUUCUCGUAGUCAUACUAUAUUUGAAAUAAAAAUAGAGAGUACAGAUUUGAAGAAUCCUGAUUAUUUUAUAACAUCAAAAUUAGAAUUAGUAGAUUUAGCUGGUUCAGAAAGAAUAAGUAUAACAGGAACAGAAGGAAGAUAAGCUAAAGAGAGUAUUGAAAUAAAUAAAGCUUUAAUGACUUUAAGAUAAGUGAUUGCAAUAUUGAGUGAUACAAAUAAUAAAACAAUACCUCCUUAUAGAGAUUCUAAAUUAACCUGUUUAUUGAAGUAAUCAAUAGGAGGUAAUUGUUUUUGUUUAAUGAUUGCUUGUAUUGCGCCUUUAGAUUCUUUUUACGAUGAAAAUGUAUCAACAUUAUAAUAUGCUACAAAAGUAUAAAUUUAAAAUUAAUUUAGGCAGCUUAUAUAGUAAAUAUUCCAGUUAAGAAUGAUGAUCCAAAAAUGAAAAUUAUAAAUGAUUUAAAAUAACAAAUAGAUAAUUUGAAAUUGGAAUUAAGUAAAGCUAAUUAGCACAUUGAAUUCUUAUCUAAUAUUAUUUAAAAAAAUGAGAAUAAUUAGAAUAAUAUGCAUACUAGAAGCAAUUUGGAUAAUUUAUUAUAAAAUUAAUAAAGAUUGUUGGAGGUAGAGUCUUCAGAAGAAGAUGCUAAGAAAAAUGAAAAUUCAUAAUCUAAUGAUAGAUUAAUUAAUUCAAUUAAUAUGGUGAGGGAAUUAUUACUUUCUAAUAAGGAAAUGAGAGAAAGGGAAGAAUAAAUUAAUUACAAAUGUGAAUCUAUGUAUAGAGAAAUUCAAUUUUUAUCUAAAGAGAAUUUUGAAUUAAGAGAAAGAUUAGGUGAUGAUUAAUAAAGAGAAUCUCCUUAAAAAAGACCAUCUACAAUCAAGAAGAACACUAUGAUGAUAGAAGAACCAGGAUUUUUACCUGAAUAGAUGACUUAAUUUUAGAGGAACUUUUAAAAGGACUUUAGAGAAACUCAAAUUAAGGAUUAUAAAGAUUCAUAAAUUUCAAUGACUAAUCGAAGUAUUUUGACGUAUCUAAAAUAGAUGUCAGAGCUUAUUCAUAAAGAACGUAGAGUAGGUAAUUACCAUAGAUAAUUAAUUAUCAGUAAAAUUUUGAGGAAGUUUAAUAAGACGAAAUGACCAAUUUUGGAAGAAGAAGUUUAUAUUAGAAAUAAUUGAAAUGA